GCCUACAGGAAGUUGGGUAUGUGAUGUUCCGGUUCUGUCAAGGGCAUUGAGCUUACUGCCAGAAGUAGUUACAUGCACGUGUAAUUUAUAGUUUCACUACUAAAUAGCUAUCGAUAUUUUCACAAUCAAACAUGGACGGGUUCGGUUCAGAUUUUUCAGCGGGUGCUGGGUCUGGUAAAAUGGACACUGGCACAAUUAUGGAGCAAGUGAAGGUCCAGAUUGCAGUAGCUAAUGCGCAAGAGCUGUUACAGAGAAUGACAGAUAAAUGCUUCAAGAAAUGCAUAGGUAAGCCCGGAGGCACGUUAGACAACUCUGAACAGAAAUGCAUCGCCAUGUGCAUGGAUAGAUACAUGGAUGCCUGGAAUACCGUGUCGCGUGCCUACAACUCCAGACUGCAGAGGGAGAGGGCGCGCAUCUGACCUGUCCCUCCUUCAGCCCCACACGGCAGGCGCAGACGUCUGGCAUCGGAGGUGAUUUGGCCGCGGUUAAGAACGCAUGUGUGCGCGCCAUCAUCCCACAAGACGUGGCCAGGUCACCAGUGUCUGUGGAUGCUAGCCUCUGUGAUACCUAAUGGACAUGUUCCUUGCAAUAAGGAAUUGUAAAACACACAUGGGGACAGAUUAUAGUUAUUUUUUAUUUUAUGUCAUGAGAGUUGUUGAUGAUGGAUGUUCAUGUGGACAACUGUUAUGAUGUACAACAUGGCUGAAUCCGUCAUGGUCCAACUGUAACUCUUCCCAAGGAGUAACCAUUCUUUAGUUUGUCUUGUGUGUGUGACACCAGUGUCAAAGAAAGCUCUUGUUACUUCCUCUACAAACCCACCUUUCAUCCAGCAUCAGAAACAGUUUUGUUUUCAUAACAGUAAACUGGCAUUCAAACUGUCUCGUAUCAGACUGCACCCUGAGAACUAGGUUGGGUUGUUGUGUUUGUGAUCGUCCUGUCUGGGCUCCAGUGUAGGGCUCUGCUGAGCGGAACAUGGACAAGAAAAACCUUUAUUUCUUUGUAUGCUCCAGCUGCUGUAGCUAGUUCUGGGAAAACUAAUUCUAAGGCUCUUCAUCCCUUUUGGCUUUGUGGAAGAAGGAAGAGAAUGACGCUCUUUGAACACUUGAGGAUGCUGCUGGAAUGAUAUGUUUGUGUGACUAACUAAAAUGGUAUUUUUCACGAAUGAAAAGUAAAUAAAUGCCAGAUAAUCGAA